GUCUUUCUCCUCUCAGUCUGCAAGUGGGGAGCAGCCUCACCCUGCAGGAAGGGGGCCUCCAGCAACAGGGACGAUGGCUGCGCUGCAGGAGAAGAAGUCGUGCAGCCAGCGGAUGGAGGAGUUCCGGCACUACUGCUGGAACCCAGACACGGGGCAGAUGCUGGGCCGCACGCUGUCCCGCUGGGUGUGGAUCAGCCUGUACUACGUGGCCUUCUACGUGGUCAUGACCGGACUCUUCGCCCUGUGCAUCUAUGUGCUGAUGUGCACCAUCGACCCGUACACCCCCGACUACCAGGACCAGCUGAAGUCGCCAGGGGUGACUUUGAGGCCGGACGUCUACGGGGACAAAGGCCUGGACAUUUCCUACAACAUCUCCAAUAACAGGACCUGGACAGAACUGACACUCACCCUCCACAACUUCCUGGCAGGCUACUCGCCAGCAUCCCAAGAGGACAACAUCAACUGCACCUCCCACAAGUACUUCUUCCAGGAAAGCUUCAGGGCCCCCAACCACACCAAGUUCUCCUGCAAGUUCACGGCCGACAUGCUGCAGAACUGCUCGGGGCUGGUGGACCCCAGCUUCGGCUUUGCAGAAGGAAAGCCGUGUUUUAUUAUUAAAAUGAACAGGAUCGUCAGGUUCCUGCCCAGCAACAGCACAGCCCCCAGGGUGGACUGCGCCUUCCUGAAACGUGCCGGACCACAGCAGCUACAGUUGUUUACAGUGUGUGUACACAGGCCACUAAGAGCUGGCAUUAAUUUAUCACAGUUUUCCUCAAGUCGUUUUUAAGUACAAGACGAAAAAACUAAAUGUCUUCACUGAAUAUUUUCUAAACUUUAUUUUCACUGUUACACCCUCAACUGUUGCCUCUGGCAGUGGGCGCCCCACACAGGGAUUCCACACACCAGACCCCUCAAAGCAGGGAGCUCCCCGGGGCGCAGGGUCCGCCUGGCACACACGUGGGCUGACUUGAGAUUUUAGCAGACACCAGGGUUCCUUCAUCUGUUCUUGACAAGCUCCAGCUCUCCAUCAGGCAACUCACUGACUCUGACAAUAAAAUGAAACAAACCCCACGAGCGCAUGUUGACCUCACCCCAGAGAGUAGCCCACACAGCUCUUCCCCACCGUGCGAACCAACAGGCACGUUCUUGGCUCUGUCCGCCUUUAUUAUCCCACAAGGACUCGAGAAGGUAAAAAUGCAAGCUUGAGAAGUCACCAGGGGUGCUGCAAACUGACAAACUGCACCCCUAAUGGGAUCUUGGUGCUGACUGUGAAGAUGAGAUCUGGUUUACGGUAACUGUGCAAUAAAGCGUUUACGUGGUCACCUACACAGUGCACACACAUGCGCACUUGCACACAAGGCACACGCAUGCACGUUAUACACAAGCAGGCACAUUAGACACAUGCAGACACACACACACACACCCAGAUGCUGCCUUCCUCAG